AUGACUGAUUUCGAAUACUCUGACAUAAAUCCAGCCAAUGAGCUGGAGAAAAGAAUUGCGGAUGCUUUUCUGAUUUUCGACCAUCAUGGGAACAAAACGGUAGACGUGCGUGAAAUUGGAACCAUUUUGCGCUUUUUAGGAUGCGUCCCAACGGAGGCAGACGUAAAUGAAGUAAUCUCGGCAACAGAAUUUGAAGAUUCCAACGGCACGGUACAUCUGUCCAAAUUUCUUCCGUACGUUAGUCAACUGAUUGCGGAGCAUAAAAUGGAGCCAGCGCCACCGGAAAAGCUGCUCAAAGCGUUCCGUGUGCUGGAUCAAGAAGGAAAGGGAUUCGUCGACAAGGAGUACAUGACCAAACUGAUCACCGAGGAAGGUGAACCGUUCACGGUGGAGGAGCUGGAAGAAAUGAUGGCGGUUGCAGUGGACAUGGCAACGGAUAAAAUUGCGUACGAGCUGUACCUGAACCAAUUGCUGCACGAACCACUCGAUUCGAUUUAUGCACUCGCUGAUACAUUGCCUAAUCGAAGCAAUCGCUGA